AUGCUGCGCCUUACGCAGCACAUGCGAGUGCUCAAGGCCAUUCCCUUGCGCGAAAAACAGUCUACCAGUUAUGUCCCAACUGCGUUAGAAAUCGCUACUCAUGUAUUCCUUCGCGUCGAUGGCGUUCGAUCACCACUACAAGCGCCAUACACUGGCCCGUUUCGGGUGAUGAAACGUAGGACAAAAACAUUUGUCAUAGACAUCAGCGGACGACACGACACCGUAUCUAUCGGCCGUCUCAAGCCUGCUGUCACAAAGUGUGAGCCGCCCGGCCAAUUUACACUUGCUCAAGCCGCUCAGUCACCCGCAUCGAGCGAAUUAAUACUCGAACCACCCCAAUUACGCCUAGUGAGGACUCGGCAGCUAGUCCAUCAGAUUCUACAACCGUACCCGCAACGCGAAGUUGCCAUCUCGGUCGCCAACUACGAAAUCCCGUCCGCUUCGCCGAUUUCGUGA